AUGGGAAGAGGAAAGAAGAAAAGUGAGAAAAAGGAAGAGCAAGUGCCUUCCUUGAGUUCUUUGAGCAUCGCCGAGGAACCUAGUACUUCUCAAGCUCAGCCGGUUACGGAACCUCCAGUUUCGACUCAACCUACAGCCAAAGAACCAGAUGAAGAAAACACUGAUGGCUUAGGCUUAGGCUUAGAAGGUUCAAAGAAACGAAGACCUCGUAAGAAAAAGGAUCCCGCUUCAGUUGCGAGAACAACAUCAGGUUCAGCAGAUAAACAGGCGCCGGACCCUCAACCCGCUGUUGUUCCACCUGAAACACGAGAUUUAAGUCAAAUGGGUCCUACAGGGAUCAGUAGUGGGCAUCCUCACAGCAAAGGAGAGCCUUCACAUCACCAAUACGCAGCUGGUCAACAGCAUCAAUUCAGCGGCGGUUUAGGUCGCGGCGAUAUUCCUCAAGCUACUCAUGCUCCAGGUGCUAUGACACCACAGCGAUCUGUAGAUCCUAUUCCACAGGCCGCCUUUGCAGGUUCAUACCAACAUGCACCCGGUCAACAGCAACAAUCCAUCGGCGGUUUCGGUCGCGGUGGCGAUCGCGGUGGCGGUCGCGGUGGCGAUCGCGGUGGCGGUCGCGGUGGCGAUCGCGGUGGCGGUCGCGGUGGCGGUCGCGGACGCGGUCGCGGUCAAAUUCCACAAGAUACCCAUCCAUUUUCACAGGCUGCUGUUGUAGGUUCACACCAGCGACAUGAAAUUGAUCAGGGGGGUGUGCCACAGUCACAAGUCUGGGGUCGCGGACCACCAACGCAGCCAGCUUGUGAACAAAAACCAUCAACAUUUUGGGGUCCUCCACCGCGAGGCUCUGGAGAUCCACAGGCCGCUGCUGUAGGUGCUCAGGCACAAGUGGGCGGCGCAGCUCCACAAACACAGGCAGUUAGUGUAAGUCAACAGCAACAAUCCAGCGGCGGUCAAAGUCGCGGUCGCGGUCCUGGACGAAUGGAAGGAAAUGAAAAAGAUAUUCCACAAGCUACCCAAACUCCAGGUGCUAUGACACCACAGCCAGCUUACAGCCAACCACCCAGUAAAGAAGCUGCUAGGACGUCGCCGACUUUGUCAUUAAAUAAAAUGCCAUUAGCUAUACGCCGCUCAACUGUUCCUGUUACAAAUAUUGUUGUACUGACAAAUUAUCUACCGAUGACGCUUCAGUUCAAAAAAAUCCAUCGCUACGAUGUGGGAUUUAAACCGGAUAAACCAAAAAAGAUGAUACCACGCGCCUUCUGUAAAGCAAAAGAUAUACUUUUUCGGAACCAUACUCUUGCAUUCGAUCAAGCGAAAAAUUGUUACUCCAUUCAUCCGUUACCAGGGGUAAACGAUCAUACGCGUUUCGCUAAAGAGGUGGAGCUAUUAGAUGACAACGGGAAAACUAUGAAAUUUGAAGUAUCUUUCAAAUAUACUGGACUUGUAGACUUGGACAGAAUAAACCAGUUUAUGGUUUCCGGGGGUAGUUCAUUGAACCCUCCAACUGAAGCAAUACAAUGCAUUGACGUGAUUCUGAGGCAGGGUACAUUAGAGUCGUAUGUAAAGGCUGGAAAACAAUUUUUCAAACGUCCGGCUCGCCCAAUAGAUUUGGGUGAUGGUUUAGAAAUGUGGACCGGAUUGUUUCAGUCUGCUAUAUUUACAUCCACAGCAUUUGUCAACAUAGACGUGGCCCACAAAGGAUUCCCGAAAAAGCAAAGUAUGAUAGAUGCCUUGACUAGAGAUUUUCGUUUGGAUCCAACACAACCUUUGGAACAACAACGGAGGGAACAAAGAUCAGUCGAAAAUUUUCAUAAUUUCGUCAAAGGUUUAAGGGUGAAUGCAGUAAUUGGUGGCGACACGUCGACCAGAGGUCAAAAACGUGAAUUCAUUUGUAACGGCGUAGUGGAUCCCCCCAUUAAACUAUACUUUACUAUGACGCAUCCAGAUGGUCGGCAACAGAAAAUGUCUGUAGCUGAAUAUUACCUUAAAGAAAAGAAAUAUAGACUUCAAUAUCCUAACCUCAAUUGUUUGUGGGUGGGCCCGAAGAAUAAAAAUAUUUAUUUCCCAAUGGAGUUACUGGAAGUCGUACCUGGACAGGCACUGAGAAAGCAGCUCAAUGAAAUGCAGUUGUCGAAAAUGGUUCGUGAAGCAGCUACUCCACCAAACAUACGUAAGCAGAAGAUCGAAGAUGUUAUAAAGGAUAUGAACUACUCCCGGAGUCCACUUUUCAAGGAAUUUGGUUUAUCUAUCUCUGAAAAAUUUUUACAAGUUGAGGCUAAGGUAUUGCAGCCGCCAAAAUUGAUGGUUGGGCAAGGAAGAUCAAUUGAUCCCAGGGGGGGUGUCUGGCGAUCCAAUACUGUCUUGCAACCAGAGGUUCUUGGGUCAUGGGGCUUUAUAGCCAUUGAAGCUGAUCCUAGACAAUCUAACUUCGAUGGCAUUAUUGAAAUGAUUAUGCGUGUCGGUAAUCAAAUGGGAAUGAGAGUCGCGCCACCAAAAUGUACACACUUUAAUGUCCGGAUAAACGAGCUUACGAACAUUUUGUUUACGGCGUUAGAACGGGAUAUCAAUUUCCUAUUCAUUAUAGUCUCAAGAAGGGGUCGCGAUUAUUAUCAUAGAGUAAAGCGGUUGGCUGAACUUGAAGUUGGAAUAUUGACUCAAUGUAUUAAGGAAGAAACUGCUUCUAGGAGAAUGAAUGAGCAAACUGUUCGAAACAUACUGCUAAAGGUGAACGCCAAGUUAAUGGGCUUAAAUCAAGCAUUAGACGGACGCAGUAUGCCGGCGUGUCUCAAAGGCAGCCCGGUAAUGAUAGUUGGAGCUGAUGUCACACAUCCCUCACCAGACCAGUCAAGUAUACCUAGUAUUGCAGCAGUUACAGCUUCAAUUGAUCAAAAGUGCUUCGUGUACAACAUUGAACUAUGUGUGCAGUCUCCUAAGCAAGAAAUAAUUGUGGAUUUCGAAGACAUGAUGGUUGAGCACAUGCAAGUGUUUCGGAAGCGUUUGAAUACAUUACCCAAAAAGAUAUACGUAUUCCGUGAUGGUGUGUCAGAAGGGCAGUUUGAUCAGGUGAUCAACUACGAACUCUCAGCUGUAUACAGAGCAUAUCAAAGGUUGACUGGGACUACGGCCAAACCUGAAGUACUUUUCUUAUUAGUACAGAAGAGGCAUCAUACGAGAUUCUUCUCUCAUGAUGCAAAUGCUCAAAACGUAGAACCUGGUACCGUUGUUGACAAGCACAUCGUGCACCCGAAGGAGUUGGACUUUUAUUUGGUGUCGCACUACGCCAUCAAGGGCACGGCGCGGCCGACGCGCUACCACGCAGUGUGCAACGACGGCGGCAUCCCGCUGGAUGAGGUGGAGCAGCUCACGUACUACCUGUGCCACCUGUACUCGCGCUGCACGCGCGCCGUCUCCUACCCCACGCCCACGUACUACGCGCACCUCGCCUGCCUGCGGGCCAAGUCUCUCACCUAUGGUGACACAUUCAACAAUGAAGAUUUGGAAAGAAAACCCAAGAGACUACACGUUUUGAAAAAAAUGCUUGAUUUUAGCCGAAUGUUCUUUGUGUAA